CAGUUAAAACCAGUUAAAAUGACUCAAGGAUCUAGACUGUACUUUGCAGUGGCUGUUCUGCUGUGUGCGUUUGUCACCAUCAAUGGUGUCGUUCUGAAUGAUUUACUGGAGCGAGCCUCUCAGCUUUCAGACAAACUUCACUCUCUCAGCACCUCUCUCACUAAUGACCUGGAUUCUCACUUUCCUCCUGUUGGUAGGGUAAUGAUGCCCCGUCCGUCGAUGUGCCACACAUCCUCCCUUCAGAUUCCCAAUGACAAAGACCAAGCCCUGAAAGUCCCGGAGGAUGAGUUGCUGUCUCUGGCUCGGUCUCUGCUGCUGGCGUGGUCCGAUCCCCUCGCCCUUCUCUCCUCUGAGGCGUCCAGCCUGGCACAUCCAGAACACAACACCAUUAACAGCAAAACCAAAGAGCUGCAGGACAACAUCAACAGCCUGGAAGCAGGUCUGGAGCACGUCUUUAACAAGAUGGGCUCAACUUCAGACAACCUGUCCUCUCUCCCUUUUUACAUCAACAGCCUUGGCCAGGAUAAAACUUCUCAACUUGUCAAUUUCCAUUUCCUGCUGUCCUGUUUCCGCAGGGACUCCCACAAAAUUGACAGCUUCCUCAAAGUUCUCCGCUGCCGGGCAGCCAAGAAGAGACCUGAGAUGUGUUAGAGUGUAAAUGCUGUGCUCUGCUUCUCUCAGUGUGCAUGUUAAGUUAAAAGUGCAGAGCAGUGAGUGAUUUGAAAAAAUCACUUCUUUAUAAUAUCAUAACAAAACAUGCCCUUUAUUUUUUGUUUCUAAGGUGUAGAUUUUUGACUCACUUUCUUAUAUACUGAAAUAAAUUGAA